CUCCUUGGCCUGGGCGCAGCCGUCUGGACAGAGCAAGCCGAGAGCGUGGCCAUGUUUUCCGAGCAGGCUGCCCAGAGGGCCCACACUCUGCUGUCCCCACCAUCAGCCAACAACGCCACCUUCACCCGGGUGCCUGUGGUGACCUACACCAACUCCUCCCAACCUUUCCGGCUGGGGGAGCGCAGUUUUAGCCGGCAGUACGCCCACAUUUAUGCCACCCGCCUCAUCCAAAUGAGACCCUUCCUGGUGAGUCGGGCCCAGCAGCACUGGGGCAGUGGAGUCAAUGUGAAGAAGCUGUGUGAGCUGCAGCCUGGGGAGCAGUGCUGUGUGGUGGGGACUCUGUUCAAGGCCAUGCCACUCCAGCCCUCCAUCCUGCGAGAGAUCAGUGAGGAGCACAACCUGCUCCCCCAGCCUCCUCGGAGCAAGUACACCCACCCAGAUGACGAGCUGGUCCUGGAGGAUGAAUUGCAGCGCAUCAGACUGAAAGGCACCAUUGAUGUAUCAAAGUUGGUCACAGGAACAGUCCUGGCUGUGUUUGGUUCCGUGAGAGACGAUGGGAAAUUUCUGGUGGAGGACCAUUGUUUCGCUGACCUUGCUCCGCAGAAGCCCGCGCCCCCCCUUGAUACAGACAGGUUUGUGUUGCUGGUGUCCGGCCUGGGCCUGGGUGGAGGCGGCGGUGAGAGCCUGCUGGGCACCCAGCUGCUGGUGGAUGUGGUGACGGGGCAGCUCGGGGACGAAGGGGAGCAGUGCAGUGCCGCCCACGUCUCACGGGUCAUCCUCGCUGGUAACCUCCUCAGCCACAGCACCCAGAGCAGGGAUUCCAUCAAUAAGGCCAAGUACCUCACCAAGAAAACCCAGGCAGCCAGCGUGGAGGCCGUCAAGAUGCUGGACGAGAUCCUCCUGCAGCUGAGCGCCUCAGUGCCCGUGGAUGUGAUGCCAGGUGAAUUUGAUCCGACAAACUACACGAUCCCCCAGCAGCCCCUUCAUCCCUGCAUGUUCCCUCUGGCCACUGCCUACUCCACGCUCCAGCUGGUUACCAACCCCUACCAGGCUACCAUCGAUGGAGUCAGAUUCCUAGGGACAUCAGGACAGAAUGUGAGUGACAUUUUCAGAUACAGCAGCAUGGAGGAUCACUUGGAGAUCCUGGAGUGGACACUGCGGGUCCGUCAUAUCAGCCCCACAGCUCCUGACACCCUAGGUUGUUACCCCUUCUACAAAGCUGACCCAUUCAUCUUUCUGGAGUGCCCUCACGUCUACUUUUGUGGCAACACCCCCAGCUUUGGCUCCAAAAUCAUCCGAGGCCCUGAGGACCAGACAGUGUUGUUGGUGGCUGUCCCUGACUUCAGUGCCACGCAGACUGCCUGCCUUGUGAACCUGUGCAACCUGGCCUGUCAACCCAUCAGCUUCUCGGGCUUUGGGGCAGAGGACGAUGACCUCGGAGGCUCGGGGCUGGGCCCCUGACUCAAAAAGGGAGCCUUGGCCAGGGAGGCCUGGGUGGAGGCCAUCUGUUCCCAGCAGCGUCAGCACUGUAAAUAAAGCCUGGCUGUUUUCUGGUGUUGAGCCUCCAGCUCACGGGCA